CGUAGGGGAGCGGCCGGUUGUCGGAGGUGGCGUUGAACAUGUGGAUCAUCACAAAUUUACACCAAUUGAUAUUGGCGUUGUGAAUCAUCGCAUGGAUCGUCUUCGUGUCUUCUUGGGAGAGAGUGGUGUGGUUGAACUUCCUAGGCUUGAGAAUCCGUGUCAAAACAUAAAAAAUGAAUCGAAACACGGGACUCAUGGAAGCAAUCGUAGGGCGCCGCUGUUGGGGAGUGGGGACGAAGUGUCGGAUGCCCACUUCCUCCAAGAGAGCGGUCUCAUUGAACCGCGCUCCUUCUUCUCCGACGUAGAGCCCGAGAUCCUGUCCGUCCCGACGAAGCCCUGUGAGAAUUUGAAUGUUUUCCUCAUUCAAAUAGAUGUCCACCCCGUUGACGUUAGACAUCAACGCUCCAUCCUCAUCCUUUUUCAAGUUCGAGUAGAAAGCUCGAACAAGAAAGGGGUGAUAAUUGACCUUCUUGAUGUAGAGGAGGUUGAGGAAGUUUCCACGUUCGAGGAUAACCCGUGCCUCACGUGGAAUGGAGUCAUGAAUGAAGCGGGCGGUGGAGAAUCGGGGAGGGAGAAUUUCCCGGUGUUCAAACUUCUCCGAGAACCGCGUCGCCUCUGCUCGGUUGUUGAACCAAAGUAACGACCCAUUGAG